GCGGGCCGCGGGCACGGCGGGCACCGCGGGCGGGCGGGUGGCGACAUGGAGCGCGGCGCGGUGCGGCGCCUGGCCGCCCGGCUGGGCCUCGCCGAGCCCGCUGUCGUCAGAAAAGCUGAAGAGUACCUGCGGCUGUCCCAGGUGAAAUGCACGGGGCUGAUGGCUCAGAUGACAGCGACAAGCAGCGCCGUGAUGUGCCUGGACCUGGCGGCUGGUUUCAUGAAACAACCGGUUGACAAAAGCUAUUUUGUUAAACUCUCCGGUUUGAACAAGACGACCUACCAGAGCUCCAUGAAGUCUUUGGAGUGUUUGCUAGAGGUCAACCCCAGACUGGGAAUGCGAGACUUGGCUGUGCAAUUCUGCUGCACAGAGGCAGUGAGCACCGCUUCAAAAAUACUACAGAGGUAUGAAUCCAGCCUCUCUGAAGCACAGCAAAUGGACCUUGAUUUCUCAAAACCACUGUUUAUAACAGCUGCACUAUUCACUGCAUGCAGGUGUUUGAAGCUAAAACUGGACAAAACUAAAAUGUUGGCUACAUCUGGGGUGAAAAAAGCAAUAUUUGACCGUCUGUGCAAUCAGCUGGAGAAGAUAAGCCAGCAACUCAGAGAAGAAGAUGUUCCACUGGCUGCAGAGACACCUGAAAGCUUGCAGACCAACCUGGAGUACUGUGAGAGGGAAGAUGGAUCUGAAGAUGAUGAGGAGAUGCCAUGUAAACGGCCUAAGACUGAAACGAAGCAAGACUAUGAAGAAUGGAAAAAGAAAAUCCUGGAAAAUGCUGCUAAGGCACAAGAGACAAGUAGGGGCACUGUCUCUGCAGUGCCACCUAGUAAUAUCACUGCUGCUUGCUCAUAAUUUUAACUCUCCCUCUGCUUUAACAAGAGUUCCAGCAGCAUAUGAGUGAUGGCUGCCCGGUAGCAAGCUAAUUUUAUUAGCUAUUUUUUAAGUAUUUAAGAAAGUUAUUUUUAGUAAAUGACCCCAGAAUUGAGGCGAUUUUACAAGAAGCCUGUCUACUUGCCAGGCUGGUACCUGAGCAGCUGUGGCAUUAGGCGGUAGAAUAGCUUCGUUCUCCUGCUGCAAGAAGCAGGUAACAGUCUAAUGCUGUGCUAAGUGUAAAUAAGUUGUAUGUCCUUGGCCCCCUGGAUAGAAGUAGUCAGUGAAAAAAGUGAACUGCAAAACCAGCAGAGGAAUUAAAACCAGUAUUUUAUUUUUAAUUUUAUUUUUUACUGUUGAAGAAAUAUUGUUUAGUCACCAGAUUUGACUUAUUUU